CACCAUGUCAACAACUCCUUUACAAUGCCAAGAUUUGAUACCGUGAUUGUCAAUGGCCUGGUCGUCACGGCGGCAGAUUCUGCCUACUACAACAUUGGCAUCAAAGAUGGCAAGAUAGAGGCCCUUGCACGAGAGUUCUCGAGCGCUGAUCUUGAGGGAUGCGAAAUCAUUGACGCAGAAGGGGCGUAUGUGAUGCCUGGUGGUAUCGAUGGCCAUGUGCAUCUUUGCCAGGACCUGAAGACAGGUCCCAACAAGCUAGGAGGUAGGUGCAGUGACAACUUUGAGACUGGGUCUCGUAGCGCUGCUGCCGGUGGCACCACUACCAUGGUCAACUUCGCAUCUCAAGACAGGCUCGACGAAGCGGACCGUAGCUUGAUCGGCGUUGUACAAAGAUACGCAGCUCGGGCACAAAGCACCGGCAGCUACAUCGACUACGCUUUCCACGUCAUUAUCACUCGCAACGACCCCGAUGUCCUCCAAUCUGAGCUUCCCGUAUUAGUAAAAGAGUGGGGCAUCACAAGCUGCAAAUUGUUCAUGACCUACGACACCAUGCGUCUGACCGAUAGACAGCUCCUAGACGUGAUGGUCGCUGCGCGCAAGAAUUCUGUCACGACGCUCAUACACGCUGAGAAUGGCGAUGCCAUCGAAUGGCUCACCGAGCAGCUCGAAGCGCGAGACAUGAUCGCUCCCUACUACCAUGCUCUUUCACGUCCUCCCCUGAUUGAGGCAGAGGCUUCAAAUCGCGCCAUUGCUUUGGCUCAACUCGUGCAGAAUCCCAUCUUGUUCGUCCACAUAGGCUCGCCGAUGGCCGCUCAGAAUGUCCGAGAGGCACAAAGUCGGGGACUUCCCAUAUACGCUGAGACGUGUCCUCAGUACUUCAAUUUGACGUGGCAAGACCUGAAAAGAUUCCACUCGCCGACUUGCUUCGAAAACAGCAAGAUGAUCUGCUCGCCCCCUCCACCGGCCGAAAAGAAUGAUCAUGAGGCCCUGCAACGCUAUCUUGCGAAUGGAACGUUCACGAUCUGGUCCUCCGAUCAUUGUCCAUUCCGGUACGAUGACCCUGACGGAAAGCCAGCGGGAGUGCUUGAGCACGCAGGUAGUAUGCAAGGUGAGAGUGGCGACGGCCAUAAUCCUGCCGCACCGUGCACGUCUGUCUACCAUGAAGUCCCGAAAGAAGACCUUUCGCGUCUCUUGGCAAGAAAAAUGGGCCACUUCAAGCACGUCCCGAACGGAAUUCCUGGCGUAGAGACGAGACUGCCACUGCUCUUCUCUCAGGGAUUGUUGACUGGGCUGAUCUCUCCUUCACGCUUCGUUGAGUUGACGUCUACCAAUCCGGCCAAGCUGUACGGCAUGUAUCCGCAAAAGGGGUGUCUGAUGCCUGGCUCCGACGCGGAUUUGGUCAUUUGGCAUCCACAAGCAACUUUCAAGCCCUUUGCGCUCUCAAAUUCCCACUUGCACCACAACGUCGACUAUACGCCAUAUGAAGGGCAGACCCUUUCGAACUGGCCACGCUAUACUAUGGUGCGAGGAAAGCUAAUCUGGUCGAAUGGCAAGAUCGUAGGCCAAUUGUCGCACGGCAAUUUUGUGAAGAGGGGCCCUAACAGUCUGCAUCAACGCCCCCAGCCCUUCGGGACAGAUUUGAGAAAUGUGGCGACCUGGCUUUGA